AUGACUGACAACUUUUUUAGUGAAAGCCUCGGAUAUCUUCUGCGAAGCCUACCUAACAGUUCAAAGCUACGAUGCCUCGAUAUAACCUCUAGAGAAGUCGAUUUUUCGGAAGUCUUUGGAUCUUUAAAGCCGAAAAUCUACCAGCAGUUAAUUGAUCUUCGUAUUGGUCCUAAUAAAGUCGAUUACGACACAUUUACCAGAACCAUCACGCACAUCACAUCCAAGUCUUUUGAAAAACUUCCGCUGCGACGAAUCGUUUUAUCAGGCACUUGCAUUCCUCCCCCGGCUCUGAGUGAACUCACUUGUUUGACGCCCCAACUUCGCAUGCUCACAUUAAAUCGAUGUGACUUAGAUGUUUCCGAAGUAAAGUUGUCUGAACGUGAGUCGAGGGUGGUAAUGACGAGUGAUGGGGAAAAUAUUUGUCCUAAUAUUGACCACUGGAUUGCAUUCACCUGUCUCACCACAAAUCAGCCAUCCAGUGGUGAUGAUGAUUCCCUCUCUGACCUGUGGUCUCUGUAUCUUGUAGAUGAUCUUCAAAGGUCUACGCCAAAUCGAAAAUCCCGUCUACAAGCGAUUGUCUCUGGACUUAAUCUAUUUUCUCAUAAUUUUUUUGAAUUUUAUUCAGCCUUUAAGGACAAAGCCGGUGACAUCAUCAAAUGCUUACCCAAAUGUCCAUGUCUCCAGCAUAUCGCGUUGGGCCACAAAGGGAGGCCUCUAGGAACUGGCAUUCUAAAGAAAUUGUCAGAAGCGCUUUUGAACCCUGACUGUACAGUGGAAAAAGUGACCUUGGGCACACUGGGAAGCAACAAGGAGAUGUGCGAGUUCUUGAAAUGCCUUGCAAACCAUGGCACGAAAUUGGCCUACCUAGACAUUGCCGAUUGUACGCUUAAAGAUGAGGACUCGAAGUACAUAUUGAGGUUGAUUCAAUGUAGCGACUCCAGGAUUCCCUUCACUCUCAAAUUCAACGACUCAAAUUUCAGUGAUCACACAUGGACAGUUUUAAAGGACCUAGCAAAGAGCAAGCACUUCUCGAUCAAUCAGUGCAAUAAGCCUGUCAUCACUCUACAAAAGCGGGAAGGUGAGGUGAAGGCUUUGCUGGAGGUGUCCAAAUUCAACGAUGCCAUCAUAACACCAUCACCGAAACUUUGUGAUGCUGACCUUGAAUUAACACGUUUGGCAAUUCAACUCCAACGGCAAAUGCCCACAGAAAAUGUGGAAAAAUUGGAGCCCCACUAUCCAAAGAUUCAUCAGGCAAAGAUAGCUCUAGACGAGUGCUCCAAACUACCUUCCAUGCAAGUUGACCUUUUGGAUGCUGCUCUGGAUUCCGAGGCGUGCAACCGUGCGGUUGAACAGGCAAUGAGCAACAUCAAAGCCGCAAUUCAAAAAGCCCUACAAGCCUUCCAGGAAGAAAGUUGCCAGCGUCUGAAGGACGUUGUCAACGCCAAAUCCUUACAAUCGUUCGUUUCGAUUGCAAAAUUCACUCCAUCAACCUCCGACAGCUCUCUAGAACCCCUAUCUCGAUUGCUUGAUCGUCAAGUUGAAAACUCCAUUCGAUCAAUGAUGUUGGAUGCGAAUGUAAAAAUUGCUGAAGAGAUGCUGUGUAGGAUGACAACUGGCCUAAAGGGUGACAUUGAAGAUUGUCUCAAUGGUUUUCCCGAUCGACAUACCUUAAAACCCUCAAAAUCAGUUGCUUCUGCAGACAGUGAAUAUGCAAGUGGUUAA